GAGAGCACCUCCGGUAUGUCAACAGUGGGGCAGCAGCAGGAUGGAGUAACGCACCGCAGCAUCACCUCCUCAGUACCUGCGCGGAACCCCUCGCACCUCGGCUCGGCUCGGUUCGGCUCGGCUCGGCUCGGUUCUCUGUGGAUCUCUGCGCCGGUCGUCCAUCGUCACGUCCAAAAGUCGGAGGGCAGCGAAGCGGAGGCGGCAAUGAACCGCGCCGCGCGUCCCGAGAGCCCCGCUCGGAGCCCCGGCUGCGGGAGGCAGGAGCGGCGGGGCGGCCAGCCGCGCGGACCGGAUGCCGCUCAGCGCGGAGUGUGCCCCGGGACCGGGGACGGAGCCACCGGGUCGGGCCCCUCAGCCCGCCGCCGCCACCACAAGCGGCACUUGGAGGGGGUCCUGAAGAAAUACACCAACCUGCUCCAGGGCUGGCAGAGCAGAUAUUUUGUACUGGACCCAGAGGUCGGCCAGCUCCAGUAUUACCUCAAUGAACUGAGUAAAAGCAAACAGCCCCCCCGGGGGUCUCUGCCUCUCCUCGGGGCAACGGUGAUCUCCAGCAACGAGUUUCCCUUCAUGUUCACAGUUCAGUCCGCUAUCGGGGAUUUCUACAAACUCAGAGCACUGGACGCCCGGCAACAAGAGUUAUGGAUGACUCAGCUUCAGCUGUGUUCCCGACGCCACUCUGACAGCAGCGCCCAGGCGAUGACCCAGACUGAAGGGCAGCAGAACCUCGUCAACUCGAUUGAGUCCCUCGCCCCCCAAGGUGGACCCCUGUCUUCUCUGGACGAGGAUCUUCUCCUUUUGAAGGCGGCUUCUGCAGCCACUCUGAGCUGCCUGGGGGAGUGCCUCAGCAUGCUGCAGCACAACGUCGUCCAGGCGCUCAACCAGAACCAGAACCAGAACCAGAACCAGAACCACGUCCCUUGUCCCAGCCUCUGCCAUGGCUCAGCGCCCAAGGAGAGAGUUCAGUCGUGGAGUCAGCAGCACUGCAGCUCCGGUGGGAUCCAGCAGCAAGCGCCUGGUGGCCUCAGCUCCAGAAGCCAAAGCCCGACUCACAGCAGCUUCGGGAGAAGACAAGGAAGUGGCCACAACCACGUCCAGAGCCAGAGUCAUGCAGACAAUUCCACUGGAUUGUCCAGACCUUCCUCUGAGAACCAGGUGAACGACGGCGCACAAACACCUCUGUCCUCCACCACCGGGCCCGAGGACCCAAACCUCCCCCAAGAGCCAGUGUCUGCUCCCUCACCUCGAUGUCCGUCCCUCCGGACUCCAACCAAGUUGUCGGUAGUUGAAUGGCAGCCAAACAACGUAAAGAUAUGCAACCCAGACGCCAUAGAUCCCAACGACGAAACCACAGACACAGAAGAUGAGGAGGAGGAGGAGGAGCUGGGAGUUCUGGAUGAUCAGCGAAGCGUCAUCAUCCAUCUGUUGUCCCAGCUCAAACUUGGCAUGGAUCUGACGAGGGUGGUGCUGCCUACCUUCAUCUUGGAGAAGCGCUCCCUGCUGGAGAUGUACGCCAACUUCAUGGCUCACCCUGACAUGUUCCUCUCAAUCACCUCCGGCCGCACAGCAGAGGAGCGCAUCGUGCGCUUUGUCGAGUACUACCUGACCGCCUUCCACGGGGGCCGGAGGGGCGCGGUGGCCAAGAAGCCCUACAACCCCAUCCUGGGUGAGAACUUCCACUGUUCUUGGUACGUGCCUCGGGACAGCGUUCGACCUCUCAGGACCACAAACUGCACUGGUCCCAUUUCAGCCCCCACGGCCCCCUCGAACAUUCCCAGGUCUUCACAGAGGGGAACAGAUUGCGGCGGCGGCGGCGGCGGCGGCAGCAGAGCAACUUCCGACUGCUACUGUGUUCGCUUCGUGGCGGAGCAGGUGUCCCACCACCCGCCAGUGUCAGGCUUCUACUGCGAGUGCAAGGAGAAGAAAAUCUGUGUGAACACACAUGUCUGGACCAAGAGCAAGUUCCUGGGCAUGUCGGUUGGAGUCUCCAUGGUCGGGGAAGGUGUUCUGUACUUGUUGGAGCAUGACGAGGAGUACGUGUUCACACUUCCGUGCGCCUACGCCCGCUCCAUCCUGACCGUGCCAUGGGUGGAACUUGGGGGGAAAGUCACCAUCAGCUGUGCCAAGAGCGGCUACUCUGCCGCGGUAACCUUCCACACCAAACCCUUCUAUGGAGGAAAAGUACACAGAGUCACGGCAGAGGUGAGGCACGACCACACGGGAAACCUUGUGUGUAAGGCGCAGGGGGAGUGGAACGGCAUCCUGGAGUUCACCUACAGUAACGGGGAGAACAAGGUGAUCGAUACGUCCAGGCUGCCGAUCGCAAAGAAGAGAAUCCGGCCGCUGGAGAAGCAGGGACAGUACGAGUCAAGGCAUCUUUGGCAGCAUGUGACAACAUCGCUGAAGGCCGGAUAUAUGGACUCGGCCACAGAACACAAACACUGCCUGGAGGAGAGGCAGCGCAGCGAGUGCAAACAGAGAGCCUCCAGCAAAACGCCCUGGAAACCCAAGUACUUUGUUAACGAGGGUGAGGGCUGGGUGUACCACAACCCUCUCUGGAAAGCUCACUGACCAGUGGUCUGCAGGACGAUCGGGGGCUGAGGAGGAGAGAGACAGAGAUGAAAACUCUCUCUGUGCCCCGACAAGAGAUGCCAAAGACGUCCAGUACGAAACGGACAACCUAACCGUCCCGUCCCAGCGGUGGGGUGAGACCGGUCUCACUGGCAACAGCCACUUUUGAUAUUAACAGAUAUUCAGACACAAACUGUACCUGAGUUCAAUGACAGAGUGAGAUCAUUACAAACCACCACUAUAAACAGCUACUGCCCUUCUCACCAAUUAGUUGUUCGCACAAUGUACUUAACAAGUGUUUUGUCACAACUGUUUUGCACAAUUAACUGUAAACUAUAUAUCUAUAAUAUAUAUAUAUAUAUAUAUCGAUGAGCCAGAACAUUUGAUAAAUAUAGUUAUUGUGUUGGAUGUGGGAGAAAUGUGCAAAUGUAAAGACCUGAGCCACCAGAUGAGACCGGGCCGGACAAUCUUGUGAAGUGCUGCUGGUCAGCAGUGAUCAGAGGAGGCUCACAACCCGCUGGACUCAAAGGUGACAUAUAAUGCAAAAAAGUCACUUCUUCAGUAUUUGUGCACAUUAAUGUGUGUAUCUGUGGAGCUUGUCGGCCCACAAACUCUGGGCACAGACCACCCUGUAGUUUUUUUGUGAGCUGGCUAAACCCUCCAGCCUGGCUCUGAACGACUUUCUUUCAGAUUUCUCUCCCACUGUGAUGUCACAGUUGGACUCUUUUGGGGUUUGUAGCCCCGCCUGCAAU